CAGUCAUUAGAAAAACAUGGCGGCUGUUUUGCAAAGAAGUUUGCGUUUCAGUUUGUGUCAAGGGACUCGACUACAGGUUGCUCCAAGAGUUGCCACACCAUUCCCUUUAGAUCCCUCCAAGAUAUUUGGAUCAAUAUGUGUCRUCCCUCAUAGAACCAAGAUCAGCAAAUCCUCUCCAUUCGGAAAGAGACCAAACCCAAGAGCUGCACAACGAGAAAACCUUAUUAAAAAGAAUCCAAACAURAAGGAUAUGGUUAGCAAAAAUAAACGUGGCCAGCCCCAAGUAAUUAUUGAUAGUGCAGGAACUGUUGUAAGCAAUUAUGUGCCACUACAUAAAAARGCAUUCCUUCUCACACCAUCUGGCUUAAAGCAAAGAUGGGAUGCUUUUAAAAAUGGGUUGUGGACUGUGUACAGCUUGGCAUUUGUAAAGAAGUAUUGCAAGYCUUUCAAACUCAGAGAAUUUGCUAAAGAAGCUCAAGAAAUUUAUAUUGAUGUAAACAAAGCCCUUAUGAGUAAAGACAAGAAGAAAUUGGAAGAAUUAGCCACUGGAUCUGUAUACCAUGCCCUUAAAAAGGAAUUUUUCCCAACKAACAAGCAGUUACACUGGAGGUUUGUUCAAGAACUGGAUAGGCCUCGKGUUGUCCAUGCAAGAGUUGUGCCAGUAGACAGUAAACAAAACUUGUUUGCUCAGCUAACAGUCAAAAUCAACUCAGAACAAGUCCUGGCUGUGAAAAACCAGUAUGGUCAUCAUUUAAAAGGUAGUGACAAGGUUGCGAAGAAGUUAACAGAUUAUAUCGUAUUAGAAAGACACCUUUCUAAUCAGUAUGGACGGUGGCGCAUCUGUGGCAAAGUAUUCCAGCCAUCACAAGAACCUCAAAGAGUUCAGGAGAUACAAGGUUCCACUCAACCAUCCACAUAACAAAAUUGAAAUCUUUUUUAUACUGUGAAAGGAAAUGCUGAAUUGACAUACAAGAUAUAGUAAUCAUGUCUUCCCUCCUUGACAUACUGGAAUCAGUUUCCUUGACAGUUACCCUAUUUUACGUCAACACAGUAUGACCAGUAAGCUUCUUGCAUUAACAGUAUUUAACCUUCCACGUCACAUAUGAACAUCAUUUAUGGAUAUCAGAAUAAUGAAAAGGCAUGGUCACCUUUCAAGAUGAUGGAGGCAACUAUGAAGGAGACUAUUAGAGCAAUAAUAUAUUGUGUGUUUUAAAAUUAUUUUGAAUCAAGAUCAUUUCCCAAACCUCUGUCUUAUUGCAAAAAUAAAAUGCUUUAAAACAAAA